GUUACACCGCUUCCAGCGUACCCAAUGGGCGAUGCCGAUGAGGAGGACGAGGAGGAGGACGAGGGAGGGGACCCGGGCAGCAUCUCCGUGUGCGUCAACGGCGUCGGCGACCUGCUCUCAGGACUGGCGCCGCUGGCUGCUUGCGCUCAGCUGCAGGAGCUGCAAGUACACCAUUCCGUCGGCGACGGCGUCCAGCUCACCUCGGCGGGCCUGGACGUCCUGGUAGGCCUGCGCCGCCUGCAGCACCUGAAGCUGCCGGAGCCGGCGCAGUUUUACAGGGACGAUGGGCAGGACGAUGGGCAGGACGAUGGGCAGUGCUUUAUGCAGCUGCUCAGCACCCGCCGCCCGCCUCAGCUGCGCCGCCUGGCGUUUGGAUAUGAGCUGCUGACCGUCACCUUCGCACCCGGAAAACCCCUACCUCGAACCGCCGCGCUGGCUGCUGGGGCAGCUGCAGGCGUCGCAGCGGGUUUGGGAGGAGCAUCAGGCAUCGGUACAGCCGCAUGGCAUGCGCCGCCGCCCCGCCUGCUGCAUCCCGCGCAGAUGGUUCGGGCAACUGCGGCAGGAGCAGAAGUGGCCGCAGCAGCACCCGCAGCAGCAGCAGCCUCGUCAGCAGAGGCAGCGGAGCCCCUCUGCACCACGGCUUCCGCCUCCUGCUGCUGCUCCUCCCCUUGGCGCCUCGACCAGGUGGAGGUCGACCACGACUACUGGAACGGCUGCGUAUGCUCCAUGGCGUGGCUGGACUGGUUCGCCAGCGAGCUGCUGGCAGCACUCGACACGCUGGGACAGCCCCAGGUCCCAGAGCUGGUGCUUCGGGACAUCAGCAUACAUAGCUGUGACACCAGCAAGCAGAGCUGGGAGCCGCCGCAGUACCUGCGCCCCACCGACGCGCUGCCGCGCCUGCUGCGGCGGUGCGUGUCGGUGCGCUUUGGCGACUUGGGGAGCGGCUCCUGGUGCGGCCCCGGCAGCACGGCCGGGCCAGCCGGUGUGGUAGCGCUGAUGCGGCUGCUGGGCUUGCCGGAUCACCUGCAUACGGGCUGUGGCGUGAAGUACAGCCGUAACCAACUCCUGCUGCCUCUGGCGGGCGGCGGUGAGGAGGCGGCGGCAGCAGCAGCGCCAGCAGCGUAUACCGGGGGGCCAGGCGUGUCGGAGCAGGCAGAGCAGGGGCAGCCUGACCCGCUGCCGCCGCUGGCCUCAGCUGCUCCGGAUCAGGUGGUGAGCGAGGCGGUGCGGCGGUUGCGGGCGGCGGCGCUGACUCAGCAGCAGGUGGCGGCGCAGCUGCUACUUGACCGGCAGCAGCAGCUGCAGCUGCAGCAGCAGCAGGCCUUGGGCAGCUCAGAUGCCAUGCCCAAUAGCAGCAACUACAGCACCAUCAGCGGCAGCACCUAUGGCGGCAACAGCAGCGGCGCCGAAACUGUGGCGGCGGACCGGCGCUGCCUGGCUCCACGUGUCGCUACCGGGGGUGCAGCGCUUGUUCUUCUCAGCGGCGGCGCGCUGCCGCCAAUGCCGCCUAUGACUAGUCGGAUAGACAUGCGGGAUGACGUCUGGUGGCAUUGGUUGGUGGCGGCGCUGCAAGUUUACGUGGACGCCCGCUCCGCCUACAAGCACCUCAUUAGCGGCAGCGGCUUCGGUCAGGCGGGGGUGGCGCAAACUGGAGGUCAGCAGGCAGGCGGGCAGCUGCUACUUGCGGUGGGCUGCCGCUCGCUGGGCGAUGCCGCGGCGCUCGUGGCGCUGCUGCGGCCGAGCACAGCUGCCGGUGUCGCACCAGCGGCCGCGGCCGGGCCGGCGAAGUCUGCUGCUGGUGAUGCCGAGGUCGCUGGCAGCCACAGCGACGAUAACGGCGGCAGCAGCAGCAGCGGCGGCGGUGGCGCUGCCGCGGCAGCCCGGCCGCCGCUGCAGGAGGUCACGGCAGCGGUGGUGCCGGCGCUGCCGGGUUGCGACGCUCGUCCCGUACGGGGCCUUAUGGAGCUGUGCCAGGAGGUGCUUCUUGACAUGUGGGGCCGGGCCUUGACUGGUGCCAAUGCCGGUGCCGGUGUCGGUGCUGCUGCUUCCGGGUCGAAGGCUAGUUCCGGUGCCGCUGCGGGUACCGGUGCUGCGGGUGCCACUGCUGGUGGCCUGGGCGAGGAGUUUUAUGAGCGGCUGCAGCGACUGAUAGAGCUAGACGUGGGCGUGAGCCGGCUCAUCCUCACGCUGCAAGUACGGGACGGAGACAAGCAGAAUGUACGCGAAGGCGAGGAGGGAGGCUAGGAAGAGCGGGCAGAGCAGGGAUGGCAGGGAGAGCAGGAGUAACACGAGGAGCAGCGAGGGCGGGCCAGCCAGGGCAGGCCAGGCCUGGCGGCUGCGCAGCGUGCGCGGGCGGCUGCAGACCAGGACCGAAGGGCGACGGCGGCGCACGCGUGGGCGUUGCGCGCGCUGUGGGCUUUGGUUGUGGGGAGGUGGUUGCUGUGACGCGUGCUGUUUAUUGUGUGAAUAAUUUACUGUAAAUGGCGAGAGCGGCGUAUUGGUGUUAUAGCCAUUCGGGCCCAUAAAGCGGCGCCGGCGCGCAGGUUGAGACCUGCCGAGUUGAAAGUUGUUGGACGUGAUGACUGGGUAAUACACUUGGCAGGCGGUGCCUGCACAAACCGACCCCGGCUAUGUCCGGGAGAUGAGGCUAGUAUCGGAACCUUCGGCCUCAGACGGAGGACGUGGCGUGGACUCAGCCCACUUUUCCCUUGCAAGGGAGACUGGGAGAGCCACCUUUUCUUGUCCUGAUUGGGACACUUGUCAACUCCUUGAUACCCGCUUUUGGCAUGGUGUGGGUUGCCGCGACCUCUGCAACUGGAUAGUGCGCCAACUGGGUACUGGCCCGCCAAGCAUGCACGGCGGCAAGGCGCACAGGCGGCGGUCGUGUUGGCUUGCCCCUUCCCCUCAAG